UGUAGAUAUGUAGAUGAAUUAAUAUGAUGGGUAGGGAUGGAUAGCUAUUAUGGCGAUCUUGCUGAUGAUGAUGAAAGAAAAGAGGGAUAUGAGACCUCUGUUUCUGAAAUUUGGGGUUGCUUUGGCUCUCUCCUUUGCUGGCUUCCUCUAUUCCCAACUCAGAACUAGAAGAAACCGUCCUUCUCCUCCUCCACUCAUGGCCCCUCCUCCUCCUCCUCCUCCUUCAGGUGAUGGCUUUAAGUUUGAUACACAUGUACGAGCAGGCCUCAAAGACGAUCUCUGUUCCACACAGACACAGACACCUCUCGGUUCCUGCGACGAUUCGCCUUUUUCGCCUCAUGAAUCAUCAUCAUCUCAUCAGAGGAUCACCAUUGACAGUAAUGUUGUUGGGCUCUCUCCAACCAGUAAACAUUCUGGAGAAGAAGAGGGAUUGCUUCUGCCGGAGUUUAACGAGAUAGUACAGGAAGACAUUGAGUUGAUUUCCAACAAAUCCGGUAUUUCUCCUAAGAAAGAAGUUGUUGAUACAGGCAUGGCAAGCAAAAGAGCUGCAAACAUGGAGGAGACAGAGCAAGAGAUUAUAAAGCUGAGGAAUAUGGUUGAAGUCCUGCAAGAGAGGGAGAAGAAUCUUGAAACCCAAUUGCUCGAGUAUUAUGGCCUAAAGGAGCAAGAGGCUGCUGUGAUGGAGCUUCAAAAUCGACUCAAAAUUAACAACUUGGAGGCUAAGUUUUUCACUCUUAAGAUUGAGUCUCUACAGGCUGAAAACCAGAGACUGGAAGCACAAGCAGCAGAUUAUGCGAAAGUGGUGGCAGACCUUGAAUCUGCAAGAACAAAGAUAAAGAUGUUGAAGAGGAAGCUAAGGUCCGACGAAGAACAGAGCAAGGAACUGUUAUCUGUGCUUCAGAAAAAUGUUUCCAACUUGCAAGAACAGGAACAUAUGGGUAUCUUGAAUGAUGCUGAAGUCCAAAAUAAGCUCCAGAGAUUGAAAGAGUUGGGGGAAGAAUCGGCAGAACUUAAAAAGGCUAAUUCAAAACUGCAGCAAGAAAACUGUGAGUUGGUCAGGAGAUUGGAGUCCACCCAAAUUCUUGCUUCUUCCAUUUUGGAAGAUCCAGAGACCGAAGAAUUGCGGGAAGCUAAUAGCAGUUUGAGACAAGAAAAAGAAGAAAUUACAAAAGAACUUGAGAGGGUUCGUGCAGAUCGGUGUUCUGAUGUUGAGGAGCUGGUCUAUCUCAGGUGGGUUAAUGCUUGCUUAAGGUAUGAACUGAGGAACUAUCAACCCCCACCUGGUAAAACAGUGGCAAGGGAUCUAAGCAAGAAUUUAAGCCCCAAGUCUGAGGAGAAAGCCAAGCAACUCAUACUUGAUUACGCAAAUUCAGAAGGUUUUGGUCACAAUAAGUGUUAUAGUAUUGUAGAUUUUGAUAUUGACUACUGGUCAUCAUCCCAAGGUUCUUACCACACAGAUUCAGGAGACUAUGAUGAUACAUCUGCUGCUGAUAUUCCAUCUGCCACAAGAACCCACCAUUCAUCCAAAACAAAGUUUUUCAAAAAGCUCAAAAACCUAGUAAUUGGGAAGGAUAGUAAUCACAGGACUUCAUCAUUGGACAGAAACCGUACAAGUUCUGGUGGAUCAGGGAGGAAUGAGUCUGCCUCCUCCACCUCAUUUGAAGACAUGGCAGGAACUAGUAGUGAUACCAAUUCUUCAUCACAACAAAAUUCAAUUAUCAUGGAAACACCUUUAACAGGGAUUGGAACCAGGAGCGAUAGACAAUUGAAUAACAACAUCUCUCUGUCUCAGAGUUCUUCGAGGCAUUCCAUGGAUAUCCAAAGAACAAGAAACCUGAGAUUAGAAGAUAUCAGAGAUGAUGAAAGAAUUCGGAGAAGCACUGAUUUGGGAUCAUCAUUUGUGUGCAAGAGGAUGGAUUUGGGUGAGAAUGGUAUGCCUUCUGACAUUCUGCAGCUUGACCAGGAUGGAAUUGAUGCCCGUGAGAAGUUAGAGCUGAUAAAAUUUGCAGAAAUUUUGAAAGGCUCUCGUGUAACUCAAAAAAUUCCAAGAAGUCGAUAGCCUA